AUGGCGUCUCCGGCCACCGCAUCGGAAGCUGGAGCCCUAUCUCCGUCUCCAGAGCUCUCCUCCAGGCCUUCUCAUGGUUUCUUCAGUAAGUGGUUUCAGUGGUGCGCACUAUUAGGGCGCUGCUUUCUUUUCUAUGCUCCCUUUUUUCUCUGGUCCAGUGGAUUUUCCAGAUGAUUGGAAUCCGUUCUGGGAAGGCUCGAUUGAUUGUGUGAUGGCAAGGGGAUGAUUAGCACCGGAGGCCGUUCGUUUUGUGGUAAUUGGAGUGUGGAAACUGGGUACUGUGUCGACAUGGUUGUGUACCUGUGAGUUAGAUGGAAGAAGAUUGGAAUUAAAACGGCACAGAGUGUGGCUCUCUGUCUUUGGCUUCCCUUCUUUUUAGACAUUAUAGUUGAAUGUAAUUUCAAAAAACCGUGAAGGAGGCACAGUGGGCGUAUCUGUUUUUUUAGUUAUCUGGUCUAUGAAUCGGAAUAUGUUAGGAAUAUCGAAAAGUGGAUCAUGCUCGUCAUGCACCUUUGUCCGCAUCAUCCUUUCUUUUCCUCGCCUUUGAUGCGUUCUUCUCAAAAAUUGUGAUGUCACUUUUCAUUUUAGAACUGAUGGUGGUACACAGAGGCCAACAUGCGAAUGUAAGGAAAAAAAAAAAAGACUUUGAACUGCUCCAUCAAGGUGAUGGAGAUGGCCAAGGGCAGGAAAUGUUGAACACUAGAAGCGUGGAAAAUCCUUUGUUGGCAGUCCAAUAUGGGAACAAUGAGAGAGUUAUGUCGGCUUUUUAUGGCAUUUUCCUUUCCCAAUCUGUCAUUGGCUCCCUACUUGCCUUAACGACGUAGGCAGUCUCUCGGAAUGCCUUUUAGAACCUCCUCUCGUUUCUAUCCCGCCAAUUUACUGAAUAGCAGCUAGCUCAGUUAACUACAUUGUUUCUCAUCGUGGUUAGGACUUGAACUUUGCCGCCUCCUCAAAGCGUUGGCAAUGGCUCUCACUUUUCUCCCUUAGAUUUCCACCUCUUGAAAAACAAAUAUUGAAGGUAUGUGGAUUGUACAAUGGUCUCAGGGUUUGAUGGACGAAAAUGUGUGCUCCUAAUUAUGUUGAAAGUUCUUGAGGUUGUCACAGUUGAAAGCCUUGAUGCAUCAUUUUCCGCAGAAAUUAUCUAUCUUCCAGGAAGAGGGUCUUUCAGAUCAGUCCUCUGCCAAACUAUACAGUUCAUCUUUAGAACCCUAUGGAACGAUCUAACUGAGAAUCAGCGUGUAGCAUCCUGCCUGUCCUCUAGAAUCCUCUUGCCGCUUUGUUCAGAGUAAUGCUACAAAGUUCCAUCUGAAGAGCCGCAAAGUCCUCUAUUUAUCCAUCUGCAAGGGCUCUCCUCAAUCGCAGCUUUGAUCUCUCAACAACUUCUCUUGCCUUAAAUCUAUUACACUAGAGAAGGAGGAUAGUUCAUGUCAUUUGUUUGAUUUCCUUUUCUGAUGACGCAGUGUGGAGGGAGUUCGCAUGGGGAGCAGCGGCAGGGGGUUUUGGUGAAGGCAUGAUGCACCCUAUAGACACAAUGAAGACACGGAUGCAAAGUCAAACCUUGAUCACUGGAUCUCAGGUCUGCUCGAUUUCUAUAAUUGUGUCAUUGGAGCUUCGUAACACUUUAUCAUAUGCAUUUAGACCUUCUAGAAUCAGUGAAAAUCUGUGACACUAUUUAAUUCACAAUUCUGUGGAUUCGUUAGGUUUGAAUUUUUUUAUUCAUUCAAAAUCAAUUGUAAAUUGCUGGAUAUUUUUGUGUCGGUUAAGUAGAAAGAGUAAACAAAUAAUCAUUUACGACCAGGUGUAGUGGAUUCUCUAUCGCACUUUUGCCUUACAAUUUGGCCCUUGUAUGCAUAAACUCGUCUUUGUAGUGUGCCCUGUGUAUGUUGUAUCAGAUUUUACUUAGAUAUUGAUGUUUUGUGGUUUUCCUUUGGUUUAUUGUCUCAGUCACAGAAGAGUGUAUUCCGUGUGAUCUGGUCAAUCUGGGUAGCAGAUGGAUUAAAAGGUAAACACUUUUUAGAUGAAUAAUCUUUACGCUUUACAUUAAGCAAGCAAGGAAAGUUUUCGUUUUUUUUGUGACUCUAAGACCCAAAACGACUGCUUUGCUCCAUUCCGUUCUCUGUGAUUAAGAUUUACUCAAUUGCCCCUAUACUUGAGCAUCAUUGUUGGACCGAGUGGAUAGAGCCUCUUACUCCGGUGAUAGCAAUUAUGUUCGAUCAGGGAGAUCAUUUGAACAUUUGGCACAUUUAUUCUUUUACUAGCUGGUUAGUGGCAUCUCUGUUUAAAAAUAUUGAACCCUACGCCAUAAUAUUGUCUAAAAUUUGUUCAAAUCCCAGAGUUAACAUUAAAUUCAGACUUCAAUCUUUAGUGACAAUCUUAUAGCAUGUUCUGCGUGACUAUACUCCCAGGUAUCCAAUGUAUAUUUCGUAAGUUUUGAAACUUAUCUAAGUGGUGGAUUUAAGUCAUGCAUUUCGCUUGGUUCUGCGCCGUUGUGCCAUUCUACCCUGAACUUGCACUUCAUGUGGAUCCUAAUUCAUUAUUGGCCAAUGAUCCAAUCAGGUUUGUCUCUAUAGCAAGCUAAUUUCAGUGAUUACUUUGCUGAAAAUUUUCUGAUUAGUUGUUGUUACCUGUAUCUAUCAUGAUAGUUUGUCUUACGUUUGUUGUAUGUUUCUAGACUUUUUGAAAAACAACAUGUUCUUUGGUUUCAGGUUUUUAUAGAGGAAUUACUCCUGGGGUGACUGGAUCACUUGCUACUGGUGCAACUUAUUUUGGGGUGAUAGAAUCUACAAAAAAAUGGUUGGAGGAAGUACAUCCAAGUCUUGGAGGUCAUUGGGCUCAUUUCGUUGCGGGUGCACUUGGUAGGAAACUAGACUAUGUCAGUUGUGCGCCUUCAUGUUUGAUUUUCUGAAACAUAUUCUCCCUCGUUCUUAAAUAUAUGUUGUUUUUCUGUCCCGUGCUGUCAAAUUGCGAGGGCAUUUCUUAAAGUGAAUUUACUAUUCUAGUGUUUAGACGCGUGAUGCCUCUGCUACAUAAAAUUAUCAAUUAAUGUAAAUUUUCAUAAAAAUCUUAGCUCCUUAUGCAUUCUAGAGUUUCUUUGUGACAACACUGCGUAAAAGCCUUUGGUGACAUGAGCAUUGCUCGCCGUUUCAUGGUGGAUUACUUCGUGGGUUUUUGCAUUUUACGCACAGGUAUUUGUGAAAUACACCUGGAUAACUGGUAUGCUAGGAACCAACAUGAUUUGGUUCCCCCAUUGUCCGUCUACCAUCUGCCACACCCACCCAACCAUACACACACACACACGCACACGCCCCAAGACCUCACUCACUGUGUAGCAUAGGCGAACUCUGUUUUGAUUUAAAAGGACAUUUGUAUAAAUGCUUUAGCAUGCGAAGUUGAGAUUCCAUCAUGAAAAUUUAUUUUGAAUGUUUCGAAAUUGAGGAACAGCAUUUAAGAUGUUCUUUUCAUCGUCAUUGUUAUGGCGAUAAGCUGGAAAGACACUAGGAUUUUAUUUAUUUUAUUUUUUAACAAGCUGCAUACAUCUAACAUUAGUCUUCUGCAAGCUCAUGCCAACCAUGGCAGCGCUUUGUCGGGUAACGUGACUUUGGAGUGUAUAAGGGUACAUCAAACAUCUUAGUGAAUAAGUUAAUUGCCAAAAUGUUGCCCUAUUUUUUUUUAUUCAGUUUAAGAUCAUACAACUAGUCAUUCUUAAACAUUUCAGAUUCUAUUUUUAUUUGGUAUGCACUCAUCAACUGUGGUAUUGUGAUCUUACAGACGAAUACUCUUCUGACACUCAAUUUUUAAUUUUAUGGCAAUAAAUUUGACGUGCUUCAAUAAUGUGUGAGAUCCCUGUCCACAUAAAAUUCUUUAUACAUUCUCUCUUGGCACUGGGAGCACCACUUGCAGAUGUUUAUAUUCCCUUGCACUGCGGUUUAGUUCAAAGAUAGUGACAGAGGAAUUGAUAGAAUAACUUGACCUUCAAUAUUAUUGUUUUUCCUCGUGAAGCUGUAUUAUCUUGAGAACUCUCCAUAAUAGAGUAUAUCCAUCUCAGAUACUAGCCUGACAAUUUCUGCCCAUUAUACCCAGUUAUUUUACGGAUCAAUUGAGUUAAUUUGACAGCUUGCUUUAUCUUUCCUUAUUGUUUUCUAUUUAUUUUUGUCCUCCAGGAGAUACACUUGGCUCUUUUGUGUACGUACCCUGUGAAGUUCUGAAGCAACGGAUGCAGGUGCAAGGCACCCGUAAGUCUUGGAACUCGGUGAUGGUAAGGGAGAAUGUCUCUCAGAGGCAAAUGUAUUGCUAUUACAGCGGGAUGUUCCAAGCAGGCCGCUCAAUUUUUCAGGCGCAUGGUCUCAAGGGCUUGUAUGCUGGGUAAUAAAUGCACUUAAUCGCAGCGAUCACUAAUCUACCGCUUUGAAUCAUAGCAUAGUUUAAGUAUUAAUUAAAAUUUUGAAACUAAAUCAACUGGUGUUCUUGUUUGUACGAUGCAUAACUGCCCAGCCCUAUUCAUCUUGGUUUAUGAUGCAAACAUUUCUGGCAUAUACAACAUUUACAAAAACAAGUUCAAACCCCCCCUCCCCCCAACCAUAGAUCAACUUGCUUCGAUUCGCAUAUGAUAAAUUCUGAAUGUGUGAUGAUUAUAAACCAUUUACAUACUCUUCCAGUUGGUUCUGAAUAUAAUUUAUUUUUACAGAUAUUGGUCCACUCUUGCUCGGGAUGUGCCAUUUGCUGGCCUGAUGGUAUGUUUGCAUAGAAUUUGUACAUAUAUUGUUGGCGAUUUUCAGUCCAUUUCUCUGGCUCUAUCUACGUUUAUGGAUAGCCUGAGUUCAUCUCUGGCAAUUUCCUUUAAGAUCUCAACAAUCUUAUUGCUCUUAGGUUACUUUCUAUGAAGCACUCAAGGAUCUGACAAACAGUGGGAACCACGCCUGGUUGCCUCAUGAGUUUGAAACGAGCAGCUCUUCUGAGGGUUUGUUCUUAGGCGGAUUAGCUGGUGGUACGUUGCAGAUCUGACUUUGAUAGGAGUUUAUCAGAAGAUAUUCAGGUUCUCGCUACAUUGCGAGUGGCUGGUGAAGAUUGUGAUUGAUAGCUAGAGUUGCUGCUUCUCAUCUUUCUUCUACAGGGCUUGCGGCCUAUAUCACGACCCCAUUGGAUGUGAUCAAGACAAGGUUGCAAGUACAAGGGCCCACCAAGAGGUAAUCCUUCUAUUCUUCAAGGUCUUGGAGAGCUGCUCUUUUUCAUUUCCCUCUGAUGGAACUCUCCACUACUUUUCUCUUUUUUUGAGAAUUGUAUCAUGCUCUCUCUCUCUCUCUCUCUCUCUCUCUCUCGCUCUCUACUAUAUUCUCUAGAGGUAUUAUCCACAGCUGGGAACCCGCCUCGGGUCAACCAAGUCUAGUCUCUCUUAGCCAACCACCAUUUCAUUGUCUGAUGCCCCCUCCCCAAACAUGGUCCUCGGAUCAGAGUUAAAUUGAAUCAGCUGAACCCACCAAUCCAUUCAAAUCGAUAGCAGCCAAAUUGAGUCAAAGGGGCUUAGGGCUUAAGAAGUUUUAAGGUUAUGUGAGCUGGCCGGUGGAUUGUUCCGCAGGUACAACGGUUGGUACGACGCUAUGAGGAGGACAUGGGCAGCCGAGGGCAUCAGGGGACUCUUCAGGGGCAGCGUCCCCAGGAUCACAUGGUACGUCCCGGCGUCGGCGUUGACCUUCAUGGCCGUGGAGUUCCUCAGGGACCACUUUAAUGGUGGGUUCACUGCCGACGUCCCGGAGGUCGCCAGUAUAACUCUGGAGCCAUCGCCAUCGCCAUCGCCAUCGCCAUCGUCCGCAGUACAGGAAGUGGCCUGA